AUGGACUCUACUCGCUUAUCGCAUUACAUGGAGAACACCUAUAUCCCACCACUGAAACAGUCCUCAAGUCCACAAGUUCCUUCAUAUCACCCAUGCUUAAUUGUUCAAGAUUCACAAACAGAUGUCAGCAAGGUGAAAGAAUGUGGAUGUGCCGAUAACUACUGUGUUAAGAACGCUCCCGCUUGGAUACCUAGAGCCAAGUAG